AUGAAUGGAACCUAUACUGACUUUUCCUGUUGGCAUCUCUGGGAGCAGGAGCAAGAGGUACGAAGAGUGAUAGCUGGUGACUCCAGUGUCAGUGAGAUGGCUACUGCAGGUGAGAGAAACUUGAAUAAUGUAGCUGAUUCUGCAGAUGUCAGUGCUGAAGACAGCAGGAGCAGGCAAAGCAAAAGUGCAGGACAUGAGAGCAUCAGCCAUGAGAGUAGUGAAGUCAACAGCUUUCUCAGGAAGGUUUCCAGUGCUAGCCUUGAGAGCUACUCAGUAGAUGACCAUGAAUGGAGCAUUCGAGAUGAUGACAAUUAUUUUAGAGUCCACCAAGCAGUCCAUAGGAAUUGGGCCGAUGAUGCUGAUUCUCAUGAACAUUCUGACCUGCAAGAAAUGAAUGGGGACAGCUCUGUUGAUCGUUCUGCUCACAGAAUUUCUCCAGAGGAUCAGAAUGAGAUUCAUGAAGACCACCUUUACAGUGAUGUCAGAAAAUCCAAAGAACUGUUGGAUGUUGAAAAUGAUGGCAUGCUUUAUACCCCUGAUCAAGUCUUGUUCACCUUCACGGGGGAAGGAGGAAGUGAUCUCAUACAGGAUGAAGAAAUUAGUGGUGAUGAUGCAUUGAAUGGACACAAUGAGGAAGAUCCUGGCCACACUGUACUUCCAAAUGAAGGAGACCAUCCACAAACUACAGUAAACAAUGGAGACCAAGAGGGAGACAAUGCUUUUGGCCGACACCAUGGUGACAGUAGCAGUAGUAGCAGCAGUAGUGAGAGCAGAAGCCUUGAUAAAGAGGACAAUCACAUAAGUGAUUACAGCAAAAGACACAGAGGUGAUAGUUACAGCAGCAGCCAGGAAGACAGCUAUGAUUUUGAUGAUGAAGGAAUGCAAGGAGAUGAUCCGAGAGCCUUUGAGAGUCAUGACAGUGAGUCUGACAAGCUCCACAGGGAUUUUCCUUCCAAAGAAAGCAGUCAAGAAAGCAGUAGAGUCAAAAGGAAAGGGAAAGGCAAACAUCACAGCAAAGUAAUGCAACAGUUUGCUCGAAAAGUAUAUCAUUAUGUUGAUGCUGAUUCUGAAGAAGAUCAGAGUCCUGAACAUGAUGAGAGCAGAUCCCAGCAAGAAGAUGACAUCUCUCAAGAAAACAGCCAGUCUGCAGAGGAUGUUAGCCAGUCAAUAGAAAAUGUUCCCAGCAGGUCCAGAGAAGAUGCAACCAGUCACUCCAAAGAGACUGUAAAGAGUGCAUCUAGAGGUCACAGCAGGUCUAGAGAAACCUUCAGAAGCCACUCCAGGGAAGAUGUGCACAGCCAUUCCAGGGAAGAUGAUAGACACAGCCGGUCCAGAGAGGAUGAUAGGCACAGCCGGUCCAGAGAAUAUGAUAGACACAGCCAUUCCAUAGAAGAUGAUAGACGCAGCCGGUCCAGAGAAGAUGAUAGAAACAGCCGGUCCAGAGAAGAUGAAAGACACAGCCAUUCCAUAGAAGAUGAUAGACGCAGCCAGUCCAGAGAAGAUGAUAGACAUAGCCAGUCCAGGGAAGACCUGCAUAGCCAGUCUAGGGAAUACAUUCAGAGCCAUUCCAGGGAAGAUGUCCACAGCCAUUCCAGGGAAGAUAAUAGGAACAGUCAGUCCAGGGAAGAUGAUACACACAGCCAGUCCAGGGAAACCAGUCUGACUAGCCAGUCUAGAGAAGAUGAUAACAGUCAGUCUAGAGAGGACGAUGACACAGUGUCUAUAGAAGAUGUAAAGAGUGAAUCUACUGAAGAUAGCAGGGGCUCCUACAAAAAAACUGUGAGAAAGUCUAAAGAGAUAAGUGACAAAUCAAAUGAGCACAGUACUGGAAAAUCUAAACAGCAGAGGAGUUACUCCAUUGAAGAUGUAUCAAAGAUGGCACCAAGAGGCAGUCAAUCUGGAGAGGCUAAGAGACAACAUAGCAGCUCAAGUGAGAAGAGUAUGUCUACAGAAGAAAGUGAUGAAUCUGCUGAGGAUACAGAUGAAUCCAUCCAGUCUGAUAGCAGGUUGUCUCACAGUACCUCAUCUGAGAGCAGCAGGGCUUCCCAUGAAAGUACCAGUAGUGAAGACAGUGAUUCAGAUGAUGAUGAUGUUAGGUCUAAGGAAUGGCAAAACCAACAGAGCCGAUCAGAAGAAACCAGUGAAUCCACAGAAGAGGAAAACAGUCAUUCUAUAGAAAGAGACAGCCAAUCCAGGGAGGACACAAUGAGUACAGAAGAUGAUAGCUGGUCAAGAAGCAUGGAGCUUGAAAGCCGAAAGUUAAUGUUUGACAUUGAUCACAACAAACCAUUAAGUGACUAUGAUGACAAUGAUUGCCAGGAUGGAUAUUAA